AUGUCAUCACCUCCAAAGCGACCACGUGGAAGACCACCCAAAAAACGGUUUUUUGGCAACAAUGCGCGGUUACGCGCAAAUGCGGUUACUGUAAAUAUCCGAGUUGAACAAUCGUCCGAUGGAUACGGAACUGUCAAAGCGCCAGAAUACGUUGACGAAGACGACGCGGAGUUGGAAGUGAGAAAAUCGCUGAGCGGAGGAGAGCCAGUAGUGAAGGAGAUUAUUGACGAGAAUGGGGAUGAUGAGUUGGCGGUGGUGGCCGAAGUGAAGAACUCGACCGGAACUCUUCCCUCCAAUGUAUCUGCUGGACGUGAGAAGAAGUUCAAGUGUACGAAAUGCUCGAACUCAUUCUUUACGAAUUCCUCACUCAAACAUCACGCUGAGAAUGAUCACAAAUGGGAUGCCGAUAGAACAGAACAACACGGUGAAACGACGCUCACAUGUGCCGAUUGCUGUGGAAUCGCCUUCAACCACACCGAACUCAAGAACCAUCUCCAAGCGCAUCGCGACAAGAAAGUACACUUCGCAUGUGGAACAUGUCUCGUCCGAUUCCCGUCUGAUCUCGCUCUUAUGGAGCAUUUGAAGCUGACUCACGAGACGGAACUCUUCUAUUUCUGCAAAAUUUGUGCUCGCGGAUCGACGAUUCCCGAUUACGUCUACAAGCAUACAUCGACUCACACUGGACAUCACUACACACACGCACAGAGAAUCGGAGCUGUUCCAGUUCAACUUUUGAAUUAUAAACCGGCGAACGAGAAGGAUUUCGCGAUACAGGUGCUUUUGAAAAUCCUUCAACUCCACACACCAUCGGAUUGCACGCAUCGAUCGAUGUUGGUGCAAUGUGACACUCUGGUCACUUGUAAGACUUGUCACUGUUUCCAACAAUGGUUCAGCUAUAUGGCUUACAAUAAGCAUAGCGAAGAGACCGGCUAUCCAACUUUUGUCAACAUGGAGCCAUACGCCGACGAUCGGAAAGAUUUCCCAUUGAUUCGUUAUCUUAGUGAUGAGAAUCGAUCGAGUAUGCUUCGUUCCGGCAAUGUGAAGGCUAUUUCGGGUAUGCGGAAUCCAAAUAUUGAAGCUAAUAUGGCUCAAACUCAGCCAGUCUCAAUGAUGAGAAAUCAUAUUGCGACGUCGACAAAGUGUAAAUUCGCGGGAUGCGACAAAAUUCUCUAUUCGGAGUUCGAUCGUCAACUCCACACCAUGCACGAAUCCGACAGUUCGUGGUUCUGCCACCAAUGCGGAAAUUCGCAAAAAUCGGAAAUGGACUUGUUCCUCCACUACGUCCGCGAGCAUUUGACACCGGUUCACGCCGAACAACAAGUCACCGGAUUCAAAUCGAACGUGUUCAAACUCCAAUGCCCACUGUGCCAAAAACUCGAGUUCCAGUCGCCAAAAGCCCUUGAAAAGUACAUUCGGACAGAGCACGCGGCGGAAUUUCCAUUUGAAGCGUCGUGCUGUGAUGCGCGUUUCGCAGUGAAACAACUCUGUGAUCUACACGAUAAGAAGCAUACGGAAUUCCUCGAAGCGAAUGGAACCGACGUGAUGUGUUGCCUGAUUUGUGGAUCACUAGAUAUGUGGUCACUACCGAAAGAUCAAACAACCGAAUGCCUUCAGUCGCAUAUGAUUCGUCACGGACUUGACUAUCUCUCGUCGUGCAGAUGUUGUUUGAAACAGUUCCCUGCUGACAUUUAUCAAACCCAAGGAAUUGAGCACAUUCGUGAAGAGCACUGUUUCGUAAACAGUGAAUCGAAGCAAGUGGUUUGCAAGUUGUGUGGACAAACCGGAAUGACGGAUGAGCAGUUUGCGGAUCAUUGCCGGAAGAGUCACUUGUUCAACAUCCUUGUGAAAUCCUCCCAUUCAACACGCGGUGAGCUCGUUGUCUCAACUGGAGAUGAAUACGACAACUACACUGGACUGAAAAUAUCGAAAGCUGCUGGGAGACUUCGUCCAUCAACAUCUGGAGCAGCUGGCUCUGGAGAGUCCUCCCGACCCACUAAUGGGGAAGCUGAAGUAAUCACAAUUGACUGA